UCUUUGAGACGGAUGUUCUCACCUACUCUGACUCUAAAGCUGAUGAGCUCCUGAUGGAUGCAGAGCUCGGUCCGUACCGGGUUAACGGUGAAGAUUGUCCGUCUGGGCAACAGUAAAGCCGAGUAAAUUGCAACCUUCUGAAGAACAGAGAUAAAACACAAUUUUGUUAUAAAGUUGGACUGAAACAUUCACGAGCCAUCGAUAUCGAGCAACAAUGUGGAGUCGGGUGUUUAUCGUUCUGAUUGGAGCUGUGUGUAUAUACCAGGUCAUUACAGCAGACAUCUACAUUGGUGAGGUGAUGGUGGAGAGUAACGUCACGCUGGACGCUAAUACGAUCCUGGAAAGUUGGCCUCCUGGCCUCCAGCUCACACUAGCUAACGCUCAAUCCGUGACGCUUCAAGACAUAGAUGUCGUUGCAGAGUGUGUGAUCAUCGGUCCCGCCUACACCUGCAACUGCUCUGCAGGAUAUGUCUGGACAAACGAAGUGUGUUACACUUACGGCUGCUGCAGUGAAACUACGUGUGAACAUAACGUGUCCCUCAUAUCUCCAGUGUGCAUUCGCGCGGAUCACGUUUUUCUCAAUGGAUCAAUACAACUGUCAUCAUCAUGGAGCAGCGCUAACACUGACCAUCUUCGCUUGACCCUUGAGACCUUGAAUGGUGUGAAGUCCCUGAACAUCACUGAGAGCUCAGAGAUCGGUGAUUUUAGGUUAGACGCCACCGUCAGAUUUAACACCUCUAAACUUCAUGAGAUCGUGGCAAAACUGGAAACUGAUCUGACACCAAAAGCCAUUGCUUUCGAUACAUACGGGAUGGUCAACAUAACUAACCUAACAGGCAUGGUGAAGUAUGACUCCGAGCAAAACCUUAAAUGCACAUUUGAGGAGGCCACAGACCAAGCUGGCUGGAACAUCAGCAAAGAGUUUGAGCGCCUUGAGCUCAACAAUGGCGAUCAAGUCGUACUAGACCUCAAGUGUGCAGAUCCUGUGUCCAAAUCUUGUGUUGGGGUUACCCUCAAGAAGGUGACAGGCAUCUGGGCAGGCAUGUAUGAGUGUGGAUUCACUACCGGCUCAGUCAGGCACACAGCCAGGACCCGGCUGGAUGUGGCUCCCCUGCCCGACACCAUUACCCUGGCAAUCGAACCUCUCGUCGCAGACUGCUUGGACGGCAGCAGCGAAGUUGUAAAGGUCACAGCAACCAUCCCGAAUAACACUGCAAAAUAUGAAGUUAGAUGGACCAGCAGUGAGAAGGAAACACCUGAAACAACUGAAACAGCAAAAGGUCAAUUUAGCUUCACUUAUGACAGUUCUGUGAGCUGCGAGAAAACUGAGGAGCCACAUCGUGUGUAUAUUACUGUUUUAAACAAUAUGAACCAAAGAAAAACAGCGGAAGUGGAUAUCCCAGUGAUCUACGCUGGUGAAUCAUUUUGUGAAGAAGAAACCUUAAAUGGAGACAUUUGGCCAAAAUCUCCAGCCGGCGCAACAGUGAUAAAUCGAACAUGCGCAGAAGGCAGAGUUGGAUAUAAGUCACGUACUUGUGACAAACCCGGCACGUGGCAGGACGUGUUCUCCAACUGUGUCAACGAGGAGCUGAGCAAAAUUUCCGAUGCAGCUGAAAACUUCCUAGAUGGAAUGGGAGCGACAGAGGAAGUGGCUAAGAACAUCUUUGAAGGGAUGAAGAACAACACUCAAUCAAGUUCUAAUUCCAGCGACGAUCUGGCCGACAUAAACGCUUCUGUCGGCAUUUUUAGUAUAAUGGCAGACGCAUCAAAAAAUAUUGUCCUGGAAGAGGGCGUCUUUCCCGGUUUGGUUGAUGCAGCAAGCAAUGUGCUAAAUUCCACCUGGAGGAGGGCUAACGACUCGGUUCGGUACAAUAUGUCAUCAAAAUACCUUCUGUCUGUGGAAAAUCUGGUGAAGAACAUCAGGACCAACACGAGUGAGGGAUUCAACAGUUCAAACCUGGAGCUCAGAUUUUGCACACACGCUGAUUGCAAUGUGACGGCAUUUGACAUCGGCAUAAAUCUGAACAUGACUAAAGGAACAUUAAAAGUCACAGCUGUGAAGAAUAUAAUGGAUAAAUUGAAGAACGGCUUUCGUGGAACGGAGCGCACCGACCUCUUGGUGUCAGCCACUCUUGUGAACAAUAGCGAUUCGGGCAUCGGGAUUAAUCUGGCCUUCCCUGACGGGCAACAACUUUCCAAUCAACGUUUCUGCGUCUUCUGGGACACCACGCUGGAAGACUGGUCGGAUACUGGAUGCACCCUCAACACCACCAAAAACAACCAAACCAUCUGCGAGUGCAACCACCUGACUUCAUUCUCCAUCCUCAUGUCCAAGGGAGAAAUAUCUGACAAAGCUUCGUCUAAAAUCCUUGAUAUUAUCACCAAUGUGGGCCUUGCCGUAUCCAUUACCUGCCUGCUGAUCUUUCUCAUCAUUGAGUCUCUGGUGUGGUCAGCUGUGAUCAAGACCAACCUCUCACAUUUCCGCCACACAGCCGUGGUGAACAUCGCAGUGUUCCGCUUGCUCGCUGAUUGCAGCUUUUUGGCUUCUACCAAUCCCAAGAUCCUCCCUGACAGCUGGUGCCUAGUUUUAACCGUGUCCAAGCAUGUGUUUUACUUGGCCAUGUUCACCUGGAUGCUGUGCCUCAGUGUCUUGCUCGUCCACCAGCUCAUCUUUGUUUUCAGCCCCCUGAGGAAAAGGGUUUUCAUGUUCCUCUCUAGCAUUUUGGGCUAUGUUUUGCCAAUCCUACUUGUGGGGGCUAGUUAUGUGUACUACAAAUACACCCAGAAGGACUACUACAAUAGGAACACCUGCUGGCUUGUUUAUGAAAGCCUUUUAGUGGGCUCCAUUCACGCUUUUAUCCUCCCCGUGGGAACCAUUAUUCUGGCGAAUCUCUUCUCCAUGGUGGUUGUCAUCUUUACGCUAAUGAAGACCUCAGUGCCUGACAGCAGCAAGACAGAUGAGAAGGAGAUGGCCAAAAGCAUCCUCAAAGUGGUGGUCUUCCUAACCCCCGUCUUUGGAGUAACAUGGGCUAUUGGCUUCUUUCUUCAAAUUCUGGACGAAGACAACAAGAUGUAUUACUUUGCUUUGUACAGUUUCACUAUCCUCAAUUCUUUGCAGGGGCUUUUCAUCUUGCUAACAGGCUGUAUUGCAGAGCAGAAGGUCAGAGAGGAGUUGAUUAAGAUGAUACGGAAAAAAUCAGGGGAUAAGAGUGACAGCAUGACGAAAGGCACUUCAACUACAGACUAUAAGAGCAAAUGAUGAAGAAG